UAUAUAUAUUUUGGCGACUAAAAGAGAUGUUAUGAAAUAUUAAAUAUAUAAUAUUUGGAUGUAUUAAAAGAAAAAAUAGAAAAUUUAAAAGUUUAUAAAUAUUAUUUACGAAAAACAUUAAUAAUAGAAGCAUGUUAUACUUUUCUCUCAUCUUUCCUUUACGGAACUGUCAUAUGUCAACGGCGUGAGAAUAGUCAUUAUAUUUUUGUUCCUGAGCUGUACAAGUUUAGUUGAUGCGUUUGUGUACAGUUUGUGCUUCAUUAUAUGGUUACAGUUUCAUAGACAAUUUAAUAAUGAUGAAGCUUCUUCGACCGCGAUUAAUAACAUUCGAUGUCACUGGUACGUUACUGAUGACAAAGUUGGAAGAACAUUACGUCGAAAUUGGUUCUCAACAUGGCUUGUCAGUUGAUCCACGAAAAUUGGCGCGAAGUUUUAAAAACAGUUUUUAUAGACUUAGUGUAGAACAUCCUGUUUAUGGUAAACACACAGGCAUUGGAUGGGAAAAUUGGUGGAGACAAAUAGUUCAUAAUGUUUUUAAGGAUCAACACAAUUACAUUUCAGAUGCUACUUUAGAUAAGGUUGCUAACAGUUUGAUAAGGUGCUAUGGUACGAGUAUGUGCUGGCAUAAAUAUCCAGGCACGAUCGAGUUACUAGAGUAUCUCCAAAAAAAGGAUCUGAUUUUGGGCAUAAUAUCGAAUUUCGAUGAGAGAUUAGUGGCGAUACUUGAAGAUACAAGAAUACGUUUUUACUUUUCAUUUGUUUUAACGUCUUACGAUUUUGGUGUGGAAAAACCAAAUACUUUGAUAUUUGACGAAGCACUGAGAUUAACAAAAGAACGACAUAGUAUCGAUAUAACUCCUCAACAAGCAAUACAUAUUGGCGAUUCUGUUAGUAACGAUUAUAUUGGUGCGAAAAACGCUAACUGGAAUGCUAUUCUUGUUCAACAUGAUAAUGAUGCCAUAAAUGAAAAAAAAGUCCCUACGAAGGAUGUAUUUAGAAAUCUUCGUGAUUUAAGGCUACACCUUACUAACCUUCUAGAUAGGGAUAUGUAGUAUACUUAAUCUGGUGAAAUAAAUUUAAAACAAAGUA